UCUUCGACUGGAUGGGAUAAUGGGCCGUCUUGUUGGGCUUGACUCACCUGGAUCUUAGGAAUUGAACCAACUACAUAUACCUGGAAGAGGCUACCAGAAGAAUCGGCUCGGACCGAACUGGACGACGGCUUCGGCCGAGGCAGGCAUGGAGAUGGCUCUACUGUUCAUCUUCCUCCUCUAAUCCCCACCUUUUUUUGAGUUUCUCUUCCAAUUCAACUGUAAUUCCAGCGAAUCCUUGAGUUGAACUACUGGGAUCCUCACACCUGGUGUCAGAGCCAUACACCACCCUUCCAAAAUUUCCCCCAAAAAUCCUCAAAUUACCACCAGACACCUCUUCCUUCAUGGAGCACGAGACUCCGCUGAUGAAGACGAUGCGAGAGUUCACCAUGGCCGAGCCCAACAACUGCCACAAGGAGUGGACGGCGUACAUGGCGCUGGUGAAGGCGAAGGAGACAGCAGCACUCGCCUCCCCAACAAGCGCUACCUCGCCUCCACGCUCCCGUGCACGCCCCGUCGCCACAUCGGCAUCGGUUUCAUCCAUCCCCGCCACCGGCCGCGCAGCCACGGCCACACCCUUCACAACGGCUCCACACGCCGAGUCGCCGAAGGACAAGUGGGCCGCCAAGUUUGAAGCCUUGUUCGACGAAGCGCUUGCUGUUGUACGUGCUGAGCGGAAGGCGGCUGCAAACAGCCAAGGGACUUCGUCUCCGACGACCUCCUCACACGCCCCCGCAGCAGAGGCCCUGGACUCGACACCAGCCCUUGUCCGGCCUGUGUCCACCGUGGCACCAGCGGCUUCCUUCACCCCCGACCCAGCAGCAACAACCGCCACGGGCCUCUCCUUGCCGGCCCCAGGUUAUGCUGCGUCUGCAUCCCGCGACAUCGACAUCAUCCUCGAGAUGCCCGCUACCUGUUCGACGGGUUGCCUGCAAGGCAAUACAAGCGCAAAUUCCACAUUGGGUGUCCGAUGCGUUGGACAAGCACCUUCCAUGGUGAGCGACACCAUCUUCAACGCUGAGUCGCCAGCCAUCUGCUCGACAGUAUGCCCUAGCCAUGAGAAGGACAUGACACAACAAUCGGAUGUUGGUUUGGUCGCGUCUUCUGCUACUGAGGGUAUCGAGCUCAGCAACACUCUGAUGGUACCACGCCCACUCAAGUUCUUCAUUGUGCAAAAUGUCACGGCAGGUGCACUUGUCUUUGGUCCACUUGACAUUGGCCUUGACAUGGACAUUGCCUUGAAGGGCCACAACAGAGACUCUGCUUCAAACCUCCUCAUCAAGACACAUACCUGGUAUGCACAGUGUAGAUGUCCUCCUAUAUCACUCUAUGGUCCUGGCCUUGUUUUAAGUGUUGCUCAACAUGUGUUUUUGGCAAUGAGCAAUAUGACUACAGUAGUAUCAGAGAAAGAUUGGUUAUCAUUUAUGUGUGCUAACCUUCGUCAACCAUGGCCUCCACCCUUUGGAGUACACUCUAGUGCAUUUCUUAUUGCGGCUCACAUGCUGGAUAACUUACAAGUGGAGUUAGUGCAGCUUCAACCUUGGCCCUCAUGGCAGUUAUUUCUCUCAUUUCUCACUAUGAUGGGUUAUUUUUGUGAUAUCCUUGUUUCCACUUCUUCUGAAGUUAAAUGGAAGAACAGACUGGUGCUCAACAAGUAUGGUUCUUGGUCCAACACUAUGCUGCUCCAUUCUCCUUCCCAGAUCUCAGGACAAUCUUGUGAUAUCCCUGAUACUUGUUACAAGUGUCUGAUUCUUUGCGGAGGAAUUGAGAGCAAAAUUAUCAUACUGCAGUUUUUAGGUGGUUUGCCUGAGAGAUAUUGGUCCAGCAAGUUUUACUGCAAGGGGAAGCAGCUGCUCCAUUGUGCAAGUGGCCACACCAUCACUCUUCACCCAGCUGUAGCAUCUGGGCACUCUGAAAUUGUACCAUCACUGCAGGCUAGAGGGACUCGAGCUACUGCUGUGUUUGACCUUGUGGCAUCAGUAUAUUUGGUGGUUUCUAGUGCACAUACAGUUCUGAAUUUUCCUGGCACUCAACCAAGUCAGGUCCUUGUUCUUUGUCUUGCUUUGAAUCAGAUUAUUGAAUAUUCCACAGACACGAGCUCAUGGAUUGAUGCAACACCCAGUGUGGACCAUGCUAUUCAAGGUGGUUCUGAACUUGGUUAUAGUUGGCACUAUUUUGAGCUGGAGCUACUAGUUGAUGGUUUCUUGCACACCUUUGUUAGCCGCAACCUCAGUGGUUACAUUAUUCCAUAUGGUUCUGAACAUAUAAAAUUGCAUAUUGCCGGGUUAUUCAGUCAACCACUAUUGAAGAAUUGGGUUCAGCUUUACCCUACUAGGAAGGCUCUCCUAUAUGAUUCUACAGAAUUCCAAUGGCAGAUUGCAUGGUCAAUUGGCUUAGUGUGCUCUGAUGCCUGCAAGCAGUACUUCACACUAACACUGAGAGAUUAUCUGGCUCACUGUAUGCACCGGCAUCUUCAUCAAGCUACAGGUACCAUGGUGGCUCUUAAUAUUGGACAAGGGGUUACGGUGCCAUGGGAUCCUGGUGGUGGUGUGGCCGGCUUGAGGGCAAGCCGGAUUUUAUGGAGGGGGGAUUGUCAACGACCUCUUCGACUGGAUGGGAUAAUGGGCCGUCUUGUUGGGCUUGACUCACCUGGAUCCUAGGAAUUGAACCAACUACAUAUACCUGGAAGAGGCUAUCAGAAGAAUCGGCUUGGACCGAACUGGACGGCGGCUUCGGCCGAGGCAGGCAUGGAGAUGGCUCUACUGUUCAUCUUCCUCCUCUAAUCCCCACCUUUCUUUGAAUUUCUCUUCCAAUUCAACUGUAAUUUCCAGCGAAUCCUUGAGUUGAACUGGGAUCCUCACACAA